GUGAGCAGUGUGGUUAAGGUUAGGUUUACAAUCAAUUGUAGAAAUGGGCGGGGUUUAGCCAUAAUUAUGAUUUUUGUGGCUGUGUUAACUAGUGAUAACCUAUGUUUGUGUGGCUAAAAUGUGAUAUACAAACUUAUUUCAACGUGGUUAGAAAUAGGCUAUAUUAUGUUGUGAUGUGAUUUCCAUGGCAAAGUGAUUUGAAUCCAUUCCAGGGUCAACCACACUUACACACACAGGGCAGGGCACGUCAUUGUUGAUAAAUGAUUCUGAAAACCCAUUUGUUAUUGUUGCAGCAUCCUCUAUGCUGAUUUACUUUUGCCCGUGGCUACUUGCGCUUUUGAACAUCGCUUCGGAGGCUGCUAGCCCAUCUGCAGUAGCAGCUACAUGUAUGUAGAGGAGCGAUGAUGAUGCAGGACCUAUGAAAUGACUAGGCUACUGUCUUUAAAUCAAGAAUGGUGUUAACCUUUUGAUCACCAAAUAGAUAGGAUGCUGGAUCUUAUUCGGUUUGAUAUCAGUGCAUUGCUUGAUGAUCUGUUUGUGUAGGCUACAUCAGGAGCGUUUGUAAAAUAUACCAUCUCUAUAGCCUAUAUUUGACAGGCAGGUGCUUGUUUGCUGCGAUGGUUCGGAUGAUGGAGUCUCAGUGCGAGUAUUUCAUGUAUUUCCCCGCGGUGCCAAUCUCCGACCUUUCGGACCCUGCCCGUUACAGAACCUUACCCCGGCGCAGUCACCUCUACCUCGGCGAGACGGUCCGCUUCCUCCUGGUGCUUCGGUGCAGGGACGCGUCCAGCGGAGAGACACCGACAGGGCCGGAGAUUGGGAUAGUGGGAGGCGGGGAAGGUGUUGCUGGGUUCGGCUCGGAGACCCCAAGUGUCCGGGCAUGGAGGGAGCUGGCCGGUUCUUUGUGCGCCGUGGCCAGCGUCAGCCCCGGAGAGAGCAGGCACCGGUCGCAUCAUCUCCACCACGAUUACCAGAGCAGCGGGGACGAGGGCACGGAGGAGGCCGAGGAUGAGUACGGGGCUCCGGCUUUGACAGGCAGGGUGGAUGCGAGAUGCCGGGGCUUCAGGGACUGCAGGCCGCUUCUCAUCCACAACAGCACGGGGAGUGGGGUUCGGGAGUUCCGCAGGGCGCCGUUGCAGUCUCCAUUGGACGAGCCUGUUGUGUUGACUGAUGAAGUCAUCUUCCCCCUGACCGUGUCAUUAGACAAACUUCCCGUCGACACCCUCAAAGUCAAGGUGAUGGUGACAGUGUGGAAGAGAGAGGCAGAGAAAGCGGAGGUUCAGGAACAUGGCUACCUUAGCAUCCUACAGCAGCGAAUCCCCACACACACCUUCAGACAAGACCUUAACACCUUCAAAGCACAGGUGAGCACCACUCUGACAGUGCUACCACCCCCUACUGUUCGCUGUAAGCAGAUGACUGUCUCUGGGAAGCAUCUCACUGUGCUCAAAGUCUCCUAUUCCCAUUUCAACCCUUUCUUUCCGCCUCUCUUCUCUCCCCACUUUCCAGUAUUAAAUGAGUGUUCUCAGGAGGAGGUGACUGUGAGGGACAUCAGGAUUCUGCCAAACUUCAAUGCCUCCUACCUGCCCAUGAUGCCAGAUGGAUCUGUGAUGCUUGUCGACAACGUGUGCCACCAGUCAGGAGAGGUUGCCAUGGAGUCGUUCUGCAGGAUGGAGAGUGUAGCCUGUCGACUACCCAGCAUGCUCAGCGCCCUGGAGGAAUACGACUUCCUGUUCCAGCUGCAGCUCAGCGACAUGCCCCAGGAUGACUCCAAAGAGGGUCUUGAAGUUCCUCUAGUAGCAGUGCUUCAGUGGUCAACUCCCAAGAUGCCCUUCACCAACUGCAUCUACACACACUACAGACUGCCCAGUAUCCGGUUGGACCGUCCCAGGUUUGUGAUGACUGCCAGUAGCCCCAGCACUGUGCAGACCAAGGACCACUUUAGGGUCAGAUACACUCUGCUGAACAACCUGCAAGACUUCCUGGCUGUACGUCUGGUCUGGACACCCGAGGGUCGUGGGCAGAGUGAGGAUGCAGCGUUGGGGGCUGUAGUGUGUCACUCCCCCCUCAGUAACCUGGGCCACUGUCGGAAAGGCUGCACUCUCUCCUUCACUGUCGCCUUCCAGAUACUCAAGGCAGGACUCUACGAGCUGAGUCAACAUAUGAAGCUGAAGCUGCAGUUCACAGCAUCUGUCUCCAACCCACCCCCCGACGCCCGCCCUCUCUCCCGUAAGAACAGUCCAUCCAGCCCUGCUGUAAGAGACCUACUGGAUAGACACCAGGCCAGUCUGGGACGAUCACAGAGUUUCUCUCAUCAACAACCGUCACGCUCUCACAUCAUGAGGACUGGCAGUGCGAUGGAAAGGCGAGCCAUCACCCCCCCGGUGGGCUCUCCUGUAGGUCGGCCCCUCUACCUGCCCCCCCAGGAGAAAGCUGUGCUGUCAUUGGACAAGAUCGCUAAGAGGGAGUGCAAAGUCCUGGUGCUGGACCACAUCAGCUAGGAGAGGGAGGGAGGGAGAUGAGAGGUGAAGAGGGAAGGGAAGAUACAAGAUGUGGGGUGAGGGAGGAUGGGGGGGAGAGAGGAUAGGGUAGAGAGAGAAUAAGAGCUAGAUAAGAUGAAUGGAGGGAGAAGAAUGUUGACAAUGAUAGAUGAGCGAAAGAUGCAGAUAGAGAGAAAUGAGUGUGAAGAUGAGGGCCUAAGAUCUAAACUGAGGAUGAGGCAGAAGCCACAGUAUUAUCUAAAUGUAACUGAUUUGAUCUCUAACACUCAUGCUGCUACUGAUGUGUGAACUAUAGAAGUAGUUUAUUCUAUUUCUAUGGUCAGAACAACAAACCUGUUGGAGUGUGACGAGAACCCAUGUGAAACCAUGUCGCCUUCUGUGAGGUCACAGUGGUUGGUUUGAUGACAUUAGAACAGACUCUUUUGGUCGAAUGAAAAACAAUAUGAGAAUAUUUGUCAUUUAGCCUUUCUUUAUGGUCAGUUCUAUCUGGGACCCUUGGGAUGUCCCUACCCUAACCAUAACCCCCACCCUUACCGUAAACAUAACCCUUACCGAACUCUAAUCUUAACUCUCGCCUUAACUGUUAAAUUUAAACUUCAAUGGGGUGACGUCAGAAUUGUGAUGUCCUAAGGAUCCCGUUUAGACUUUUCCCUUGAUUAAUAUCUUAUUUAGAUAGAACUAUCCCUUUUAAGGAGAAAUACUACUGUACAGUUCUCAAAUACUGUAUGUUAUACUUUGCUAAAUGCUGCCAGUUAUGCAAGAUAUACAGAACAUUAUUGCACUGUACAAACUUCACUGUCCAUGAUGCCUUUUACAGUGUUCAGCUCUAUUUAUUAUUCUGAUCUCUUACUCUCUCCCCCCCUUUCUUGGCUCAGUGUCAGUAUAGUAAUAUCAGCAAUGCCAUACUUUUAAGCUGCUGCUUGUGAAAGCAUGUUUUGAUUGUUUUUAAAGACUUUUGUUAAUAUUGACAGUUUAAAAUGCUCAGGCACUUUAAUUGAAGUCGCUUUACAGUGAAUCAAUGCUGCUCCCUGUUGUUGAAACUCUGUGGGAUGCAUCUCAAUAGUCUUAGGGGGUGUGCACUCAUCUCUUUUCCUCCAUCUAAGUACACUGACAUUAAGAAACUGGAAAGGUGGAAGCUAAGUCCUAGUCCGCCUCUCGCGCAGCAAAGAUGGAGGAGAAAAGGACAGGAUAAUAGGAGAGGAGGCCACUAUAGACUAUUGAGAUGCAGCUGGUAUUCUUUUCUGCUAUUGUUGAUUCCUGGUUUACAUGAGGAGAGAACUACCUGAUCUCUGUAUCGCUGCAUCUCAUCAAGAACAUUAAAUCCCAUCAGCAGCACUACACUGUGUCAUUUUAAACUGAGGUGAGUAUGUAGUGCCUUCAAACUCAACUCUGGACCUCGAAGCCAGUUCCACUGCCUUUUUUCAUCGUUCCCCUCUAAUCAGAGACUGAUUUUGACCUGCAACACCAGGUGUGUGCAAUUAAUUAUCAGGUAGAACCAAAACAACAGGCUCCGGACCCAUAAGGUAAGAGUUGAAUACCCCUGGUGUAGUGUAUAGGCCAGGGGUGUCAAACUCACACCUAGUGUCUACUGGUUUUUCUUUUUUCCUUUCAAUUAAGCCCUAGACAACCAGCAGAGGGGAGUUCCUUACUAAUUAGUGACCUUAAUUCAUCAAUCAAGUAUAAGUGAAAACCCGCGGCCCUCCGUGGAAUGAGUUUGACACGUGGUAUAGGCUAUACAAUAGUGCAGGGGUACUGAACUCUUACUCUACGAGGUCCAGAGCCUGCUGGUUUUCUGUUCUACCUAAUUGCACACACCUGGUGUCCCAGUUGUAAAUCAGUCCCUGAUUUAAAGGGUAACAAUUAAAAAACUGGCUUCGAGGUCAAUAGUGUAAUGAGAACUAGAGUGCAGUCUUAAUGACUAUGUAAAAAGACAACACCAUCAAAGCAGUUACGUUUCAGUGUUUAAAAAUAUUUUUGUAAUCAUGAUUAUUAUAAACUGAACAAACAUUGUGGUUGAUAAAGUAAAAUCAUUAUGCUAGUGUGUGCAUGUGGCUGGAAGUGUGUGUCUGUCGGUCUGGAAGUGUGUGUGUCUGUCUACGUGAGUGUGUAAUCACAGCAGCUCAGAUGGCCACACUGUUCUCGAUGCGGUCGGGGGACAUGUAGUCGUAGGGCAGCUCCAGCUUCUUGUUCCUGUCUGUGAUCUCAUCAGAAAUGGCCCUGAGCUCGGCCUGCACCUUCUCCACCAGCCUGCGGGGAGCGCCACUGCUGAACACAGGCUCACGAUACUGACACAGAGGCACCUAGGAGAUGGAAGAAGAGAUGGAGGUAAAAGACAAGAUUUUAGUGGAUAAGAGACUAGAUGUGUGGAUUGUACAUAGUCGGCAUCAGGCUGGAACAUUAGUCAUCAGAAACUGUGUGUGUCUUACGUAGUCUGCUGUGGGCUGGGACAGUAGGAACAGAGUGAUGAGGAGGUUGCAGGUGGAGUUGAUGUCUGGGAAGAUGGAGAGAAUCUCAUCUUCGGUCAACAUGACUUUGGACUGGGGAGGGGGGAGUGUCAUGGAGGCUGGGCAGUUAGGCAUCCACAGGUCAAUAUCUACCUGGAGGGAACAAGCUCACUACCUUCAUAGCUCACUACUUUUCACCAGAGCCCAUAUGUGUCUCAACUAAGUGAAGAUUUGGCCAUAAGUACUGUAUUGAUUGAUACAGUUUAUUGGUUAAUCAUGUUGAUGGAUUGAUUACCUAAGUGAAGUUGACGGCUGAGCAGCUGUAUAUCACCAUGGUAACAAACUGACAAGAGUUCUGGUUUGGUUUGGAAUUACUGUGGGCAACCUGAAGGAACUGAGAGGGCUAAAAAGGUAUUCAGUCAUAUACUGAACAAAAUUAUAAACACAACAGGUAAAGUGUUGGUCCCAUGUUCCAUGAGCUGAAAUAAA